GCCACGGUUUGGCCUGUUUGGUGGAGUGUGUCAUGCAAAAUUUUGUCUACCAAAAAUAUUAGAUUCACUGUACGAUUUAAUUUGAAUGAGUCUAAAAAAGGCGAUAUCAAUAAGAGUCUGGCUUCUGGUGAUGAUAAUUCUUCUAAUGAUGAGAAUGCUGAUUGGGACUUCAAUAACGCUGAUGGAGUCGAAACACAUGUUAAAGAAAUAACAAUGACUUUAAAUCGAAGUGCACAAGAUGACCAAAAGUCUAUCGAAGAGAAAGAUUUUACAACUCAGUCGACACCGAAAAUUUUAACAACCUUAUUUGACCAACGUUCCGAAUCUGGUAGAAUUAGGCCCAUGUAUGAAGAUACUGAUUCUGAAUCGGUUACUUCAGUAAAAAGUGCAAACAAUUUCGGUGAUAAGGAAUUGAAAAAAAGUAAUUUUCCAAAACCGAUUUCUCAAAGUUUGAAAGUUUUCGAACUUGAGAAACAAGAUAUAGAAAUUCUGCAAGAUGAUGAAAAUCCAUUUCUUGGACAGGCUAAUACUAAUUCAGAUGUUCAUCAUAAAAAUUCAAUUGAUAUAUAUUAUGAUCCGGAAUUUGACAUUAAAUGGCAAGAAGAACAAAAUAAAUUAGAGAAAGUAUUUAAUGAAAAGCGAUUCGCGCUAGAAAAAGAGCAUGAAAUUCAGUUAAAAGCAAUGGAAGAUCGGCUCGAAGAAAAAAAAAAUGACCGCAAAAUUGAACUAGAAAGUCAGCACAAUGUUGAAGUUGAAAAAUUCAAGCAACAACUAAAGGAUGAACUCGAAGAAAAGAGAAAAAUACUAAAUCAAGAGCAUCGAUUGGCCGAAUAUAAACUACAAGAAAACCAUAAAACAAUAUUGCAGGAAUUGGAGCGAGAUUUAAAAACUGAAGAAGAUUUGAUAAAAAAAGACCACAUCAUGAAUAUACAACAAAUGAAAGAUAGAAUGGCUCAUGAUUUGGAAUUGGAACGACAGAAAAUGCGCGAAACAGGCGAUAGUCAUUUGUAUGAAAAAAUUCGUUGUGAAAAGCGAUUAUUAGAGGAUAAAUAUCGAUGUUUGAAAGAUAAAUAUGUACGUCUGAAAAACGAUGUUAAAAUAUCAUUGGAGAGACGCCAUCAAAGACGCGAGCAACAAAGUUUAACCACAGGUUCGGAGACUGAAAGGUCUAAUUCGAAUAAACAAACGAAUGUGAACAAAACCGAUAUUGGUAAAGCGUUAGCUUUAAAUGUUCAGCAAAUUGAAAUGGAACGUGGAGAUCGUUCCGCAUUGAUUGGUGAGAGGUCAGAUAAAAAAUUCACGGUUGCCGCAAAAUAUUUGUCACAUAUUCAGAGCCAACAGUGUCCAGACGACACAUCAAUAAGUCAAAGCGACACAACUGUUUCAAAUAAUUGUCAUCACAAUUCACGUCGAUCAAUGCCAUAUACAAUAUUUGCUGAUAACGGUAAUUUAGUUACAGAGGCAUUUCAACAAGAAAACAAUAACAAUGUUCGUGAGUCUCAUGGAAAACAAAGAAAUCAGAAAAAGAAACAAUUUACACGGACAAAAUCGGCAUCAACUUCGCGAUUGAAUUCUUCGAAUUUGCGUAGCAAUGACCAAUUGCGACCGGUUGAAAAUUUACGACGACAAUUAGAAAAAUUGGAGGAUUUAGAAGAUCAAUUCCCUGAUAAUUCAGUAGAUACGACCUAUCAUCUUCGUUAUCCAUUUAAAGUUGAAAGUGGUGGUAAAGAAUUAGUAAGCUCAGAACUGGAAUUCUUUAAGCAUCGAAUACAUCUUGAAAGGGAUUCUGUACGUCGUGCCAAAGAAUCGCUUCACAUGCAACGCAGCAAUUUUCGAGCUCGUCAACGUGAAGUCAAGAAUCAUCAUAAGGACACAAGUCGUCACACUGUUGAUCAAAUGAUUCAAGAAGAAAAAGAAUUGACCGAAAUGGAAGUAAAUCUUCAUCGUACCCGUUCGUUGCUGGGUGAAAAAGUGAUACGCUUACGCCAUUUGGAGCAAUCACUGCAACGUCUGUAUGACAAUAAGGAACAACCUCAUGGUAACCUAUUUGCAACGGACAUUCAUCGAGAUGAUGCAACUAUUAGUGAUUUGUCGUCAUCUCAUUCAAGCUCAGGCUUCAGCAGCACUGAUUUCGCAAGCGAUACUCAUAGAAAUGAUCAACGUAAAGAAAUUUAUCAAGAAUCCACUGAAAUAAUUCAAAGUUUGGAGCAAUUGAAUGCUGAAAUUCGUGAAAUUUGGGAUAUUUUGAGCAAACAGCAAACUCAAGGUUUAGCCCCACCACCAUCCUUAAUUUAUCAAGAUAUUAUGUGGCCUACAAGUCAAGUUUCAACAACACUUCUUCCUGAAGAAUUGAAUCAACAACAUUGUGCAACAUCAAUCAACUAUGCUCUGAAUCAACCGGUUAUCAGGUUGUCUGAAAGGCUUGACCACUAUCGAUUAGCUUCUAGUCGCAUACCCGAUACUGUUAAUUCAUCAGCAGCUAUUCUUUCUCAAUCGAUUGCCGCGAAUACAAUGGUUUCCCAGUCGCCUUUGGCACAAACAUAUAAAACAAGCUUAGUUGAGCGCACACAAGAUUUGCGAAAUUGGCUCAAGCAAGCAAAAAAUGAACAUGAACUUUUGAGUAGUACACAACAAGCCGAUCUUUAAAGCCAAACAAAAUAAAAUCUUAUUCGAAAAAAAUAGCGACAUACAAUGACAAAUAUUUUGAAUAAAUUUUAAUGGCGCCAAUACUUCUAUACGGGUUAUUUUAUAUACCGAACUACCCGUACUUUGGUCAAGGCCACAAAACUCAAGCCCAGCAUAAUAACAAAACGUUACAAUGCUAUUGUUUAAAAAGAAAUCUUAAUGCUACAUGUAAUUAAAACCGGUCGUCAUCGAAAACAUCGACAACAUAAACGUAGUCCUCCUAGUAGUCCUCAUCGUCAACUGCUUGAUUAUGUACGGCAGCAUUUUGAUUCUGUGCAAAGACCUGAAACCAAAAUCGUAAACAACAAAUUGCUAGCCAAAAUAUUUUUCAACAUUUUUAACUUCAGUGAACUUAUUAAUUAAUAAUAAUAACUGCACCGAACAGCGUUCCUUCG